UGACCAUAAUCACCAAUACCACACAUGGAUACGAAAUCUAUCAGAUAAUAUUGAAAGCAUCCAUACUAAAUAAUAGAACAAUAAUAAGUUAUAAUAGAUUAGUAAAAUCGGAAUUAUUUGAUUAUUACACUAUUUCUGAAAUUUAAUUUGAAACAAAUCAAGAAAUUCUCAUAUUGCAUUUGGUGUAAUGGCGAGUUUACAGCGCACACGGAGUGCAGUGCGGUUCAUUUCUCGUGCGAUUUCUGGAAAUUCAAGAGCGCCAUUCACUCGACAGGGCCAGAAACGUUUUCUGUGUUCAAGCAACAAAUCAAAUUCACGGCUUGCUUUUGUGUCGAGCGAACACGAUGAGAUUUAUAAGCGUAGUAUCAACGAUCCUUCGACAUUUUGGAGAGAACAGGCCUCCAGUCGUUUGCAAUGGAUUAAGCCUUUUACCAAAGUUAUGGAUUGUGAUAUGAAUAUUGGUCAACACAGGUGGUUUAUGGAUGGUCAACUAAAUGUGUCAGAAAAUUGUUUGGACAGACAUGUCGAGAAGAAUCCAGAUAGCGUGGCUUUCAUAUGGGAAAAGGAUGAACCUGGGACACAUGAGACUCUUACUUAUAGAGAGUUGUUGAAAAUGACAUGUCAGAUAGCAAACAUGUUGAAAAAACAUGGUGUGAAGAAAGGAGACAGGGUGUGUAUAUAUCUGCCAAAUUGUCCCUUAGCUGCCGCUACGAUGCUUGCCUGUUCUCGCAUUGGUGCAGUUCAUAGUGUUGUUUUUGCUGGAUUUAGUGCAGAAGCGCUGGCAAAUCGCAUAACAGAUGCUGGAGCAGAGAUUGUAUUUACUGCUGAUCAGGGAGUGCGCGGUAGUAAGACAAUUCAGUUGAAACGAACAGUAGAUGAAGCAGUGAACAAGUGCUCAGGUGUAAGGCAUGUCUUUGUCAUGUCAAGGACAGGAGCUGAUGUACCUAUGGGCAAGAAUGACAUCCCAUUGGAGAAGGCAAUGUCACAGGAAAGCACUGAAUGUCCUGUUGAACCAAUGAACAGUGAGGAUAUGUUGUUCUUACUUUAUACCUCAGGAAGCACAGGGAGACCAAAAGGAAUUCAACAUUCACAAGCUGGUUAUUUACUGUAUACUAAUCUCACAUUUCAAUAUGUUUUUGAUUAUAAACCUGGAGAUAUAUUCAGUUGUGCUGCAGAUAUUGGUUGGAUAACCGGGCAUUCUUAUGUCGUUUAUGGUCCGUUAUCAAACGGUGCAACCUCGGUUCUCUUUGAGAGUAUUCCAACCUAUCCUGACCCUGGUCGAUACUGGGAAACUGUUGAAAGAUUGAAAAUAAAUCAGUUUUACACUGCUCCGACUGCUAUACGACUCCUGUAUAAGUAUGAAGAUGAGUGGGUGAAGAAAUAUGACAGAUCUUCCUUACGGAUCCUAGGAACAGUGGGAGAACCAAUCAACGCUGAAGCCUGGCAUUGGUACAAUGAAGUUGUUGGGGAGAGUCGAUGUACAGUUGUGGAUACUUGGUGGCAAACAGAAACCGGGGGGAUUUUCAUUGCUCCCAGGCCCUCAUCAGACAACUCAGCACCAAAACCAGAGUUUGCGACCAGGCCCUUUUUCGGAGUAGAACCUGUUCUCUUGGAUAGCGAGGGAGUUGAACUGCGAGGAAAUAACGUGUCUGGCAACUUAUGCAUCCGUGGCUCCGUUCCGAGUAUGGCACGAACAGUUUAUGGUGAUCACCGACGAUUCUUAGAAACAUAUUAUACAGCCUUCCCAGGUUAUUAUUUCACCGGUGAUGGGGCAUUGAGGGAUGAAGACGGACACUAUAGGAUAACUGGUAGAGUUGAUGAUGUCAUCAACAUUAGUGGACAUCGUCUGGGAACAGCUGAAGUCGAGGAUGCCUUGGAUAACCAUCCAGACGUUGCGGAGAGUGCAGUGGUUGGCUUUCCUCACGACAUCAAAGGAGAGGGUAUUUAUGCGUACGUUACUUUGAAAGAGCACGCAACGAUCACGCCUGAAAAUCUACGUCUGGAGCUUAAAGAACUUGUGAAGAAAGAAAUUGGUUCAUUUGCUGCACCAGAAUUGAUACAGGUAGCCCCAGGCCUUCCUAAAACCAGAUCGGGGAAAAUAAUGCGACGAAUUUUAAGGAAAGUAGCUGCGAAUGAAUUUGAAGAUUUAGGCGAUGUUUCAACUCUGGCAGAACCUUCGGUUGUGGAGGGGAUUGUUAAUGAGCAUAAGAAAAUAGUUCAGUGAAGUUAAGAUACGAUA